GGAUCCUGUUUACGAUGCUGGUAUUUGGACCAGCCUGUGGAUUUAUCUUGGGCUCCUUCUGUACCAAAAUCUAUGUGGAUGCUGUCUUCAUUGACACAAGUAAGCUGGACAUCACCCCAGAUGACCCUCGGUGGAUCGGUGCAUGGUGGGGAGGCUUCCUGCUGUGUGGUGCCUUACUCUUCUUCUCGUCCCUGCCGAUGUUCGGGUUCCCACAGUCCUUGCCCCCGCGGCCGGAGCACGCUGGGGAGAGCGAGCAGGCCAUGCUUCCCGAGAGGGACUAUGAGAGACCCAAGCCAAGCAACGGGGUCCUGCGGCACGCGCUGGAUGGGGAGACCAGCACGAGCUGCUUCCAGCAGCUACGAGUGAUCCCCAAAGUAACUAAGCACUUGCUCUCCAAUCCUGUCUUCACCUGUAUCAUCCUGGCAGCCUGCAUGGAGAUCGCAGUGGUGGCCGGCUUCGCCGCCUUCCUGGGAAAGUACCUGGAGCAGCAGUUCAACCUCACCACCUCAUCUGCCAACCAGCUCCUGGGGAUGACAGCAAUCCCAUGUGCAUGUCUGGGCAUAUUCCUGGGUGGCCUCUUGGUGAAGAAGCUCAGCCUGUCUGCUCUGGGAGCCAUCAGGAUGGCCAUGCUGGUGAACCUGGUGUCUACAGCUUGCUACGUGUCCUUCCUGUUCCUGGGAUGUGACACAGGACCUGUGGCAGGAGUUACUGUUCCCUAUGGAAACAACUCAACUCCAACCUCAUCUCUGGACCCAUAUUCCCCCUGCAAUAACAACUGUGAAUGCCAAACUGAUUCCUUCACUCCAGUCUGUGGGGCAGACGGGGUCACAUACUUAUCUGCCUGCUUUGCUGGCUGCAGCAGCACGAACCUCAGUGGCUGUUCCUGCCUCACCUCGGUCCCUGCCGAAAAUGCCACCGUCGUUCCUGGCAAAUGCCCCAGCCCCGGCUGCGAAGAGGCCUUCUUGACAUUCCUCUGCGUGAUGUGCGUUUGCAGCAUGAUCGGGGCCAUGGCGCAGACACCGUCAGUCAUCAUCCUCAUCAGAACCGUGAGCCCCGAACUCAAGUCUUACGCCUUGGGAGUGCUUUUCCUGCUUCUCCGUUUGCUAGGUUUUAUCCCACCUCCGCUGAUCUUUGGGGCUGGAAUUGACUCAACGUGUCUGUUCUGGAGCACGUUCUGUGGCGAGCAAGGAGCCUGCGCGCUAUACGACAACGUGGUCUAUAGAUACCUGUAUGUUAGUAUUGCUAUAGCCCUGAAGUCUUUUGCAUUCAUCUUAUAUACAACCACCUGGCAGUGCUUGAGGAAAAACUAUAAAAGGUACAUCAAGAACCACGAAGGUGGUCUCAGCACUAGUGAGUUUUUUGCCUCUACUCUCACCCUAGACAAUCUGGGGCGGGACUCAGUGCCCCAAAAUCAAUCACAUAGGACAAAAUUUAUCUAUAACCUUGAAGAUCAUGAGUGGUGUGAAAAUAUGGAGUCUGUUUUAUAGUGACUGUGGAGGGGUGAACUAUAUUAAUAAUACAAGGGUCCUUUUUAUUAAAAACGAGAAGAAAGUGAGAAUGGAGAAACACAACGGCAAAACACCAACAGCAACACAGGAAACUUUUGUCUUUUUUCUCAAAGUCAGACCCAGCCAAGAUUCUUGAGAUCAGCAUCUUCUAAUGGGAUCACUUGUGAAAUCCUGUGGGAUGAUGGAGAAAGCAGGGAGCCACUGUGGCUGGGUACCAGCCCCUUUGAUGACAGUACGAGCUUCCACGAAGGGCAUCUGCAAAGGUUCAUCAAAGAGCUCAGCCAAGGGACAGGCUUGGGCGUGAGGCACAGAGAAAGCAAGGUGAUAACGGCAACGCUGG